GAUGUUGCCAUGGAGACCUGCUGUGCCGAUGGACAUCAAAUGGCCACUCAGCAGAAAGACUGCUCGCUGCCCUACACCUCGGAGUCCAAAGAAUGCAGGAUGGUCCGGGAGCAGUGCUGCCACAGCCAGCUGGAGGAGCUGCACUGCGCCGCCGGCAUCAACCUGGCCAACCAGGGCGAGGGCUGCGCCGCGCCGGGGGCCGGCCUCGAAGCCGUGGUCGUUAAGAGGUGCUGCCAUUGCUGUCUGCUGGGAAAGGCGGCCCAGGCCCAGGGCCAGAGCUGUGAGUACAACCUCAUGGCCGGCUACCAGUGUGGGCUGGUCUUCCGGGCAUGCUGUGUGAAGGGCCAGGAGGCCACGGACUUCACACCCGGGGACGUCGGCGACCUCCAAGAGACAGCUAAGAUUUCUGAGGGCGAGGGAGAGCAAGAGGACCCAUACCUGAACGACCGCUGCCGAGGCGGCGGCCCCUGUAAACAGCAGUGCCGUGACACGGGGGACGAGGUCGUCUGCUCUUGCUUUGUGGGCUACCAGCUGCUGCCCGAUGGUGUCUCAUGUGAAGACAUUAACGAGUGUAUUACCGGCAAGCACAGCUGCCGGCUGGGUGAGUCCUGUAUCAACACCGUGGGCUCUUUCCGCUGUCAACGGGACAGCAGCUGUGGGACUGGCUACGAGCUCACGGAGAACAAUGACUGCAAAGAUAUUGACGAGUGUGACAGUGGUAUUCAUAACUGCCCCCCCGAUUUUAUCUGUCAGAAUACUGUGGGAUCCUUCCGCUGCAGACCCAAGCUACAGUGCAAGAGUGGCUUUAUACAAGAUGCUCUAGGCAACUGUAUUGAUAUCAAUGAGUGCUUGAGUAUCAGUGCCCCGUGUCCCAUGGGGCAGACAUGCAUCAACACGGAGGGUUCCUACACCUGCCAGAAGAACGUGCCCCACUGCGGCCGUGGCUACCACCUCAACGAGGAGGGCACCCGAUGUGUCGAUGUGGACGAGUGUGCUCCGCCCUCAGAGCCCUGUGGGCCCGGCCAUGCCUGUGUGAACUCCCCUGGGAGUUUCCGCUGUGAAUGCAAGGCUGGUUACUAUUUUGAUGGUGUCAGCAGGACGUGUGUAGACGUGAAUGAGUGCAUCAACAGCCCCUGUAGCCAGGAGUGCGCCAACGUCUACGGUUCGUACCAGUGUUACUGCCGACGGGGCUACCAGCUCAGCGACGUGGAUGGUGUCACCUGUGAAGACAUCGACGAGUGUGCCCUGCCCACCGGGGGCCACAUCUGCUCCUACCGCUGCAUCAACAUUCCCGGGAGUUUCCAGUGCAGCUGUCCCGCGACCGGCUACAGGCUGGCCCCCAAUGGCCGAAACUGCCAGGACAUUGACGAGUGUGUGGCCGGUAUCCACAACUGCUCCAUCAAUGAGACUUGCUUCAAUAUCCAGGGUGGCUUCCGCUGCCUGUCCUUCACCUGCCCGGAGAAUUACCGCCGCUCUGCAGACACGCUCGGCCAAGAGAAGACAGAUACAGUCCGCUGUGUGAAGUCAUGCCGCCCCAACGAUGUCACCUGCGUGCUGGACCCAGUGCACACCAUCUCUCACACUGUCAUCUCGCUGCCCACCUUCCGCGAGUUCAGCCGGCCUGAAGAGAUCAUCUUCCUCCGAGCCAUCACGCCAGCGUAUCCUGCCAACCAAGCUGACAUCAUCUUCGACAUCACAGAAGGGAACCUGUGGGACUCCUUUGACAUUACCAAGCGCUUCAUGGACGGCAUGACCGUGGGUGUUGUGCGCCAAGUACGGCCCAUCGUGGGCCCGUUUCAUGCCAUCCUGAAGCUGGAGAUGAACUAUGUGGUUGGGGGUGUGGUCUCCCACCGAAAUAUCGUCAACGUCCACGUCUUCGUCUCUGAAUACUGGUUCUGA